CACGUGAAUACCGAUCGGUGGGUAUCAAUAUUUUCGACGUUGAAAGAAACCCGAAUGUUGGGAAAUAAGAACUUUACUAUAACGUUGGAAAAACGCGUUUGAAAGGUGUAGUCUUUCGUAACUGUGUCUUAGGAAAUACCUCACGGACAACUUAUUCUACGAAGUGGUGUCGCGUUUGGGAAUGAAUUAAUUUUCUAAAUAAAGCAAAGAACACAUUCUAUCGAGAAGACGAUCUUGGUUGAGUGGCAACACGCUGGUUUUCUUAAAAGCUCCUUCGUUAUUUGUACCUAAGCCUAAGAGUUUCUUUGUCGACUUAUGCGGCUCUUCAAAAAGCCAAAAAGUUGUGACCAUGUUGGAUGUCAUACGAAGUUUAAAGAGCUUACUGAAGACCAGCCGAGUUAGGAUCGACAACACUGUAUUUCGACUCCAUUACACCGUCACCGUGCUUGUAUUGUUGACGUUCACUAUUGUAGUGUCUAUGAAACAAUUCGUUGGAGAUCCCAUUGACUGCCUGAAAAGCCGAGAGGUUACGGAGUCCUACGUAAACACAUAUUGUUGGAUUCACACCACUUUCUCAAUGCCCAAUACCUAUAACAAGGAGGUGGGAAAGGAAAUUCCAUAUCCGGGAGUAGGAUCGAACACCGAAUCCAUGGAUGAACUGAAGUACCACAAGUAUUACCAAUGGGUGUGUUUCACACUGUUCUUCCAAGCUGCUCUGUUCUACAUUCCACGCUGGCUAUGGAAGCUGUGGGAAGGGGGAAAAAUCCAGGCUCUGAUGAUGGAUCUGGACGUCGGAAUGUGUGGAGAGGCAGAAAAGAAACAAAAGAAGAAGCUACUGGUUGAAUAUCUGGCCUCCAGCCAGCGCCACCACGAUUGGUAUGCUGCUCGUUACUUCAUCUGUGAAACCCUGGCCUUUGCCAAUGUUGUUGGUCAAAUGUUUCUCAUAAAUAAGUUUUUUGAUGGCGAGUUUUUGACCUAUGGCUUGGAAGUGAUCCGGUUCUCCGAAAUGGAUCAAGAAGAUCGUCUGGAUCCCAUGAUUCGGAUUUUUCCUCGCGUGGCUAAGUGUAAAUUAUUUAAAUACGGUGCCUCUGGAAACCUCGAGACUCACGAUGCUAUGUGUCUUCUUCCUCUAAACAUAGUUAAUGAGAAGAUCUACAUAUUCUUGUGGUUCUGGUUCAUCGUCCUUGCAGCGCUGACCGGCAUGGUCCUGGUGUGUCGAAUCAUUCUCGUUGUCUGUCCUCCCGUCAGGGUUUACUAUCUCAAUUUCCGCUUCCGAACCGUCCAUCUUGACCACCUGCACACGGUGGUCCGAAGGGGAUCACUGGGAGACUGGUUCCUAAUGUACAUGCUUGGUCAGAACAUCGAUUCUAUGAUAUUCAAAGAAGUUGUAACGGACAUGGCCAAUCGACUGACCAGGGCUCCGAAGGAUUCUACCGCGUGA